UAGAAGUCUAUCUUCAUUUGUUAGGUUGCAGUUUAAUUGAACACAAAUCCAAGCCAUAGCAUAAGCAACAUAAUUCUUAACUAAAUUUAUCUGAGGAGGACUUUUCUCCCCCACCACCCUGAAAUAUAUAUUUUAGCUUUAUCAGUUAUUUUUAAGGAACAAACCAACAAUGAAGUUGAGUGUUGGAAUAUUUUUUGGAGGCUUCUUUGGGGCUCUUGGCAUUUUGUUUUUCCUGGUUGCUUUUGGGACAGAUUAUUGGCUUCUGGCUACAGAAGUUGGGAAGUGUUCUGAAGAUGUCAAUCGCACUAGGGAAGAGACAAUUAUGUUCCAUCAUGAGGGUUUCUUCUGGAGAUGCUGGUUUGAUGGGAAGAUUGAUGAGAAUCCUAGCAGUAUGUUGAAGUUUUGGUACACGAACCAGUCACCUUCUAAAAACUGCACCCAUGCUUAUCUCUCUCCAUUUCCUUUCUUACGAGAUUCCCAUAAUUCAACCACCUAUAAUUCUGCAAUUAUUUAUCGUGGUUUUUGGUCAAUUUUCAUGCUCCUUGGAGUGGUCACUGUGGUUGUUGCUAGUUUCUUCAUCAUCUGUGCUGCACCUUUUGGUAGUCACAUCCUCUACAAAAUAGGAGGAGGUUUUUUCAUUGCUUCUGGCAUUCUAUUCUCCCUGGUGGUUGUACUGUAUGUUAUCUGGGUCCAAGCAGUGGCUGAUCUCAAAAAUUAUGAAGCUCAGAAGAAAAUUGACUGUUCAAGUUAUUCCAUCUAUGUACGUUACGGCUGGUCUUUUAUACUGGCUCCAGUUGGAAUAUUUUUUGCUAUGUUUUCUGGCAUGUUGUUCCUCCUGGUAGGACGUACGAUUUAUCUGCAUUCUGAUUAGUUGGGUAGCAGGUGCUUGAAUUAUUAGUGUGUGGUGAAGUUAUGCUAAAUAUGGUUUUUUUUAUACAUUGUUAUCACUACUGCCAUAGAAUACUCAUGGUAUCAUUGAAGAUUGACUUAAAUAAUGUAACUUCAUAUUGGCUGCUCAGUAAUACUGGAAGUGUGAUGCUUAGGUUCAGUGAAGAUUGCUUCCCAGAAAUGUGCACAAGAUUGUAGCCACUGUUUACAUGUCCUUGCCAUGAAGGACAUGAAAAUGCUUUCAGAAGUAGGAUUGUUUCAUAUUUCUUGAAAUCUUCCUACAUAUAUUAACACCCAAGGAAAUAUAUAAAAUAAUUACCAUAAGAAUUAGGUGCUGGCUGCAGGCCAAUUCAACAAUUCAUUAUUGACAUUAACUACUUAAUGAAAGAACAUUUACAAUGAAACUAGGUCUUCUUUUCUCUCCUAUCCAAAUAUUUGCUGCUGGAAGUAAGGAAAGGGUUGGGAGAUCACCCUUCUCAAUUCAUCUACAAUGGAUUUUUGUAUUCUGUUUUUGGAAAGAUUCCAAAUGUGAUGUCUUUCGAAAUAACACUUUAAUGUUAUAUAACAAUGCAAAUUUCCAGAAACAGGCCUAUUUUUUAUUUAGUAUAGAUCUAAAAUUUCCCUAUCAUCAAUAUCUUUUUUCAGUGUAAGGAUCUGUGUGCUUACGGACAGCCAAUAAAUUAAGGUCUAAUCAUUAAAUUGCCUUGUAGUCAAAUUGUAUCCUUUUCCUAGGCAACACAAAUGCAAAAUUAUAUGAGGAAGUCUAGAUGCAAAUACUCAUAUUGCUCCUGAAAGAAGGGCCAGCUUUGGUCUCCUUAAAA